CCUUACAAUCUUUGCUUUGCACCACUCUGUUUUUACUGCUGCUUUUUCCAGUUGAAUAUAGUGGGUUUCUACGGUUCUCUUUCCCCUCUGCUGAUCUUAGCCUAUAUGAGUAGCAGCGGCUGAGAAAAUUCAUCUAGGAAACAUUAGAAAGGUUGGUUGCUGGUAAAAGAUGUCGGCAGUGGCUCAACUUCGCUACUCUCUACUUCCCGGCCACUUUCAGAAUCAAAGUCGUUACUUUUCUGGUGCCGCAUCCAGAUUUUCUGACAAUACAUUUGCGAAAAAUCUUAACUUUAACCCUUUAAGAACCAGCCAUGUAGGUUCUAAACAAUGGGGCUCUGAUUUCCUUCAGGUUUCUUGUGCUGGGGGUGGUGACAUUGGGAUGGGACGAGGUAGUGGGGGUGGGGAUAGUGGUAAUGGAGAUUGGAGUGGUGGGGGUGAAUCAGAUGAUUCUAAGUCUUUGUGGGAUGGUUUUGGACCGAUUGGUGCUUUUGUUAAUGGCUGGAGAUCAAGAGUUGCUGCCGAUUCUCAGUUCCCUUUUAAGGUUCUUAUGGAGGAAUUGGUUGGUGUGACUGCUUGUGUCAUUGGAGACAUGGCAUCUCGUCCUAACUUUGGACUUAAUGAAUUGGAUUUUGUGUUUUCCACGCUUGUUGUUGGUUCCAUUCUGAAUUUUGUGUUGAUGUAUCUAUUGGCACCGACAGCAGCUGUUUCUAGUCAAGCUCUGCCUUUGAUUUUCGCUAGUUGUCCAACAAGCCACAUGUUUGAGCCUGGUGCUUAUGGUUUGAUGAGUCGGGUUGGGACAUUGCUUUAUAAAGGAACUCUGUUUGCUGCUGUUGGGUUUGCUGCUGGACUUGUUGGAACUGCAAUUUCUAAUGGUUUAAUCAUGAUAAGGAAGAAGAUGGAUCCUAAUUUCGAAACACCAAAUAAGCCUCCUCCAACACUUUUAAAUGCUGGAACUUGGGCACUUCAUAUGGGUGUUAGCAGUAAUUUAAGAUACCAAACGCUUAAUGGUGUUGAGUUCUUGCUAGCCAAAGCUCUCCCUCCUGUGGUGUUUAAGACAUCGGUUGUGAUUUUGAGAUGCUUGAACAAUGUUGCUGGUGGAAUGUCGUUUGUCAUUUUGGCAAAGGUGACGGGGUCUCAGAGUGUAGAGGAAAAGGCAGUUACUGUGGAAGAUGGAGUAGCGGCAGAGAAAGAAAGGUUGCUGAAUCAGAGCGAUUCUGCUUCAAAGUGAUAUGGCGCUGUGUGAAUAUCUGUCUCCACUCUCCAGCAAAAGCUUUACCCCAAAACUACAAAUCCCUCCUAUUCAGCUUAGUCCGCUUUUUUCUCCCCCCUUACUACGAAGUAUGAUCAUAAAUAAAAUGAAUCUAGCUGUGUUUUUUAGACCAAGAAAUAGCUGUUCUGACUUGAUGUACUCUUGCUUGGAGUGAGUCUAUCCUGUCUAGCUUUGGUUUUCAGAGAUUAAUAGAACAGUUUAUUUGCUGACAUUGAUCUGAGGAUUGUUUUCUGUCCGUUUGUAUGGUAGAACAUGACAUUUAUAUUCGUCUUUCAACUGGCGUUAUGCCCAAAUCAUGUAAAGGAAGUGGCACUGUUUUGAAUAGUGCUUCAAUCUUUUUUUUUUCUUUCUA